UUAACCUUCCUUCUAGCAUGAUGGAGACAUGGUUGGGUUAAAUAGGUAUAAGAUUUAGGAAUUUAAUGUGAGGAAUUCUAAGAGUGUUAGUUCAUCCUAAUUUGCAGCAGUUGUGUCCAGAUAAGAGAGAUGGGAUUUCACUGGUGGAUCCCAGGUCUAUGGACUAAGGAAUACCUGAAAUUGUUGCAGACCAGGGUACCUCUUUGGUACCUUGUGUCCCCUUCAUACUGUGAAAUGUAGGGGAUUCAGCAGAGCAAAGUGAAUCCUUGGGGUAUGCAGUGGAGAGUCUACCCUGAGUUAUGAGCUCUGUGAUAGAUGCCCUUUAAACACCGCGAUGGACGCUCCUGAAAUGCCUGGUAAGAGAUAGGGCAGAUAGUGCCUCUCUCCAAUGUUAAAUUUUCAUAUAAGUUGUGGCCUACCAUUUAAAAUCCAUCCCUGUGUCUGUCCUCAUUCCCUUGGAUGUUCUGAGGAAUGAGGAACUCUCUCUCUGGGGCUCUGACCUCACCUGAACUCAAAGCUGUUUCUUAAAAACAACUUGUUCACAGCAGUAUUAUUAUAAAUGUCUUAAUUUAAACUCUGAGAACUCAUGUUGUAUUGAAAAUGAAUGUUUGUACAUCCACAUUUCUUAAAAACUACAUACCACUUACAAUUAAUUCAGAUGGCCUGCAUCACAUCAACCAUUUUUCUUCAUUAAGGCACAUCUGAAAGAGAUUCAUUAUUAAGUAAAAACCCAUUUGUUCUUUCUCUGUAAGUAGAUUUAAUCAAAACUGUGCUUUGUAACUUUAGCUACAGCAAAAUAUUUCAGAGUCAGGAAAAAGAAUAACCGAAGAACCAGUGUGCUGCCAUUCCUGCCAUAGUCACUGAAAGCAUAUUCCUCCCUAAAUAGAAGAGUCCAAAUAGAGCUAUGAGGGGUAGAAAUAGAUUCAUUUUUAUUCCAGAGGGCAAUUGGAUGCUCCUUAGCAGGACAGUAGAAGAAUUAUUUUUAACUGUUUCCUUUUGAUUUAAACAGGUGGCAUAAUCACGCUAUGUGGCGUUCAUGUGCAGUUGAUUGAUCCAUGGCUACCAAUUUAAAAAUAUUAAAUUUUCUACCAGUAUUAUGGACGAAGUGUGAAGCUCAUCUCUGAUGUCUGAAUUAAGCUGCAUUUUUUUAGAAGGAGCAAUACCCAUCAACCUCCACUUCCCCCAGAUUGUACUUUCAACACAUUAGUUUUAAUUCUUGAGAGGAGUCCCAGGGUGGGGUAUUUUUAUUUGCUGUAUUUACAAUAGUGGAUUUCCAAAGUUUACAUUCUUCUUUUAAAAACAACUUGCUGUACUAAUAUGGGGACUGCAUAGAGUGAAGUCAGUGGCAAAACUCCCAUUAAUUUCAAUGGUGGACAAUUGGGUCCCUAUUAUCUGAAUACUCUUAAAGGAGUGUUUUCAUUGUCCUCAUAGUUUUUCACUUCUACAGCACAUUCCAUCACUGGAACUCAAAACACUUCACAAAUAUUAGUGAAUUAAGCCUCACCUCAGCCCUUAGCCUCUGCCUCCUUGCCAUGACUCUACAGAAUCUAUGGAGGUUUUCAAACAGCACUGCCAAAUAGCAGAAGAAUAUCAUGAAGUCAAAAAGGAAAUUGCACUGCUGGAAGAAAGAAAAAAGGAGCUGAUUGCCAGACUGGAACAGGCAGAAAAGGAGAGCAUGGAUGCUGCUCAGCUGACUAAGGAAUAUGCAGAACUGACAGAGGAGAAUCGGACAUUGAAACUGGCUCAGACGCAGUGUGCAGAGCAACUGGAAAAGCUUAGAAUACAAUACCAAAAGAGACAGGGCUCUUCAUAACUCUCAACUAACCAAUAAGAGGCAGUCAAAUCCAGUCUUUGUUUUGUGCUGGCCAAGAGGUUUUAAAAAAAAGUUCUGUUGUAACACUUCACUAGAAAUACAGAAUAUAUAAAAGUCUAUAUUUGAUUUAAUGCUUGCCAGCCGGUAGCUUAAUAUAAUGGAUAUUUUAUUUCAAGUAACAUAAUUGAAGCUAAUCUAGCCCCAUUGUAUGUUCUAGUAGAUCAGAUUUCUUUUCUAAAGAUAUUUCUUCCAAUUUAAGAAGAUAUGGACACACUAGAAACUGAUAUAAAUAGUCUCUAUAUUGGGAGUUGGACCAUACUAAGACAUACAGCAGGGGCAGUGUUAAUAUAUGGAACACUGGAACACACUCAUGUGCUUCUAUUUUAGUUUAGUUUUCUUUUUAGUUUUUAUUUUUUUCAUGCCUAAAAUGUUGGGAAAUUGUCCUAAAUCUAAUCUGGCUAUGGCUCAAGAUUAUGCUCUAGGUAUCUGGCAUGUUAAUAAUGUCAACUUUAGGUUAUUUUAUAAAUUCUAAAAGAUUGCACAUUUUAAAAAAAAGGACUUUCAUUAAAAUAACACUAGCCGAUCAUUUUGAUCAAAGAAUUACAUUGCCAGCAAUCAUUUUCAAGUUAUUAAAUUGUGAAGAAAUAGAUAAGAAAGUUUUCUUUCCACCGCCAUAUACUUGGCUAGAAAUUCUUUUCUUUUUAAAAUUCAUUUGUACUUUUUGGCAUGCAAGAAAUGGAAAAGUUAUGUAUGGACACUACAGUGGUGAAUAAAUAAGACUUUAUGGCUGCUAAUGGAGAAUACUUCAAUAAAAGUACCAUAUAUUUUGUUUUUAUUUUGUAGGCUGUUUUGGAACAGAAAUGACUGAGGGUAGGUACUAAGCAGUUCAGUGAUAUAUGAAUAACUGAGAGUUAAAAUGGCUGUUUUUCCUUGCUCUACUUAUCACUGUAUUUUCCUAAAUCAAUUGAAAAUCCUUUGUUAUACUUCCAUUUCUAUUCAUACAGUAUUUUUUUCAUUAAAAGUGGAUA